AUGUCUUCUUAUAGAAGAGAAGAUAAAGAAAUCACAGAACUCUGCAGACUUAACUCAGCAGUAUUCUUAGCAGGGCUCAGGUAUAUUAUAGAAGAGAAACUACAGAUUGAGCUUCUCAGAGUCACUGUCUCUGAAACCAAGCUCUCCCCAGAGUUCUCUCUGAAUGACCACACAGGGUCAUAUGCCACCGUGUUGGCUGGUGAGGGGAGCGGUGUCGCGGUGGAGAGGGCAGGGGAAGAACCGGACACGGACGAACCGACUGGCAGAAGGGACAACAUCUCACUGCAAGGCACAGUGACUACCACCGCGGCUGCAAGAGAAGCAGGGGAAGAAGGAGAAGAAGAUGUAGCAAUGAGAGCAGUGCUUCUACAGCUCAUUAACACUGCUGUCUUCAUCUUCAACUGA